CGCCCCGGGCCUGGCCGGAAGCGCACCGUCGGGGGAUUGGCAGACCACGCGACGCCGGGAUCGCUGAAAUUCGAUAAACUCUAUCAAAUGUCUCCCUCGUCUUUCCGCCUGGUGCGGCGCCAAGGACGAAUCUGAUGCGCAAAGGACGAUGCGGAAGAGAUUCCGUUCCAUACCAACCAACCGCGUUUUGCAAUCCGACCGAGCAGAUUCUACAUGUUCCCUUGUCUGUUCCAGGACAAGGAAGCAACGCCGCUGCUUUGACUUUCGAUGUUCUGCUCCAUCGUACGAGCUUUCGAGAACCCGUCGAUGGAAAUGGCCCAGGGGGUCUCCCUGCGGAGGCUUAUCUUGGACCGGGAAAGAAACCCGGUCCGAAAUAAGCAUCCGAUCAUGCUGGAAGCUCCUGCGGCACUCGACUUCCAUGCUAAGCGAGGCAGCGUUCCGAGCGGUCGGCAGUAUGGACGGGUCGUCCCUAACGGACUUGGGCGAGACUCGCACCUUCAGCACUAUUGUCCACCCGCGCCUGAAUCUGUUCAUAUAUCGAACCUAUGGUCUUGCGAUAUCGCCUCCAAUUACCAUCAUCAUCGUCUCACCCACUUGAGCUCGUGAAAGAUCCUCCUGAAUCUAGACUCUCUAUUAGACAAAGGUGAUAACAUCGCUCUCAUGCGGUUCGGGAGCGCAGAAAAGCGCCAUGCUAUCAUGCCGAGGAAGGAAUCGUUGGGUAUCGUGAUUGCGUUCUCUCAUCAUAGUCCUCCAUCUGACAGAUUUGCUGACGCAAAAGCUCACUGAGAUGAGAGGUUGUGAGAUGAUAUCUCUGUGGUCACAGGCCACAGCGAUGGAUG